AUGAAGGCUGCACGCUCAGUGCGGGUGCCCCGCGUCCAGAGCAUCAACCAUGCUGGCAGGCGACUCGUGAGCCGUACUGGAACCUCCAACUCGUCUCUUGCUGCCAGCAACGUCUUCCAGCCGCUGUCGCCAGCUCACACCCCGCCCAUGCCACGGAAGGCGCUGACAGCGCCUCUCUCGAAGUUGCCGCUUUCAACCGUCUUGCGCUCUUUGAUGAUUCUUUCUGUCUCUUCCUCUUCCCUUCUUCUUAAGCCUUGCAUUUAUACUCUUUCUCUCUUGGCUCACCCUCGCUCGGCUUUGAUGGAUGUCUCCAAGAACCCGCUGCUAAACCUCCUUGUGAAGCACACCAUUUACAAGCAGUUCAAUGCGGGCGAGAACAAGGCUGAAGUCCAGCAAUCUAUCCAGAACAUUAAGGGUCUGGGAUGCCGCGGUGUUCUCUUGGGAUAUGCCCGGGAGGUCCUGGUUGGAGAGAACCAGGAGGCCAAGCUCGAUGCCAAGGCAGCUCAGGCUGAGGUCCAGAUGUGGUUUGAUGGUACCAUGAAGACCGUUGAUAUGGCGCAGGAGGGAGACUUUGUUGCUCUCAAAUUCACUGGUAUGGGAACCGAUGCUCUUCGCCACCUCCAGAAGGAAGCCAUGCCCUCCGAAUUUAUGGAUUCCUCAAUCCGGAAAGUGUGCGACUUGGCCAUCUCCCGUGGCGUUCGUCUGCUGGUCGAUGCCGAGGAGCAGGCUGUGCAGCCCGGUAUCGAGGCUUGGAUUAUGAAGUACCAGAAAUACUGCAAUUCCCAGACUCCCGGCCGCGCCAUCUUCUACGGCACAUACCAAGCCUACCUCCGGUCCACUCCCGUCACGCUGAACCGUCAUCUCGAGAUGGCACGCCGCGACGGAUACACUCUUGGCGUGAAGCUCGUCCGUGGCGCAUACAUGAAGACUGAGCCCCGCCACUUGAUCUGGGCGGAGAAGGAGGACACUGACAAGUGCUACGAUGAGGUCGUUGAGGCCCUUCUAACGCGCAAGUACAACUCCAUGCUGCAGCCUCCUAGCAAGGACACCACCAAGCUGCCUCCCGUCAAUGUGAUCAUCGCUACCCACAACCGCGAGUCGGUGCGCAAGGCCCACGCCAUUCGCGUGCAGCAGUUCCUCAAGGGUGAAGACUAUGGCGUGGACCUCAGCUAUGCCCAACUCCAGGGUAUGGCUGAUGAGGUUAGCCUUGAAUUGCUUCAAGGAUUCGAGAGCGCCGAGUCUAGCGUUGGCGCUACACCCAUUACUGCCCCCAACGUCUUCAAGCUUUUGACUUGGGGUUCUGUCCAGGAGUGCAUGGGCUUCCUGCUUCGCCGUGCCGUCGAGAACACCGAGGCUGUUGGACGGACUAAGGACUCUCAGAUUGCCAUGAUGGGCGAGUUGAAGCGUCGUUGCCUUGCGGUCUUUGGCCGCAACUAG